AUGAAGUUGCCUGCCAAUGGCAGUCAAAAGCUCAUCGAUAUCGAAGACGAGCGCAAGCUCCGUGUCUUCAUGGACAAGAGAAUGGGCGCUGAGGUUCCAGGAGACUCCGUCGGAGACGAGUUCAAGGGAUACAUCUUCAAGAUUACCGGUGGUAACGACAAGCAAGGUUUCCCAAUGAAGCAAGGUGUUAUGCACCCAACCCGUGUCAGACUUCUCCUUUCCGAGGGUCACUCUUGCUACCGCCCACGCCGAACUGGUGAGCGCAAGCGUAAAUCCGUUCGUGGAUGCAUCGUCGCCAUGGAUUUGUCCGUUCUCGCUUUGAGCAUUGUCAAGCAAGGAGAGAGCGACAUCCCAGGUGUCACCGACGUUGUCCACCCAAAGAGAUUGGGCCCCAAGCGUGCCACCAAGAUUAGAAAGUUCUUUGGGCUCACCAAGGAGGAUGAUGUCCGUAAAUUCGUUAUCCGUCGUGAGGUUCAACCAAAGGGUGAGGGCAAGAAGGUCUACACCAAGGCACCAAAGAUCCAACGUUUGGUCACCCCUCAACGUCUCCAACACAAGCGUCAUAGACUCGCACUCAAGCGUCGUAACGCUGAGCGUACCAAGGAUGCUGCCAACGAGUACGCCGCUAUCCUUGCCAAGCGUGUCUCUGAGGCCAAGAACGCCAAGGUUGAUGCCCGCAAGCGCAGAGCUUCUUCUAUGCAUACCAAUUUAAAAUGGACUGCAUAUUACUACUUAGGAAGGCGUUUCUGGAAUGCAAAUGAUGUGCUAUUAAUAUGUUUUGAUGUUCCCAUAUCUUAUCAAAUGCAGUGGAUGGUUCCUCCUACUGAAAUCUUGUCCUUCGGCUUAUCCUUUUUGACCAUCUCCCCCUUCCCGACUCGCUUCACUUUGCACAUAUUAGUCCUACUCUUUGCCAUUCUCCCAUCCUCCAAUCCUGUUGCUCUUGCCCACCUUUUCCUUGUCGAUAUUAUGCCGAACUCUUACUCGGUUGGUACUGUUUGA